AUGACCGACACACUGGCGGCCCGGAGAAAGGACAGGAAGGGCAAAGCCCAGCCACCGACCCCCGCCGCCGCCGCCGCCGCCCGGAGCAGCUUGACCGUGUCCGACCGCAUCUUGGAGGCGGUAGCGGCGGCCGGUGCCAAGAAGGGCCGCCGCGGUCUAUCGCUGUCCGCCCUCAAAAAGCUGCUGGCGAGCAGCGGCUACGACGUGGCGGCCAACCGUUGGCGGCUGAAGCAGGCGGUCCGCAGCCUGGUGGCCAAGGGCUCCCUGGUGCAGACCUCAGGCAGCGGCGCCUCGGGCUCCUUCAAGCUCGGCAGCGCCAAGGCGCAGAGGGAAGCAGAGGCCGCCUUCCGCGGCGCCGAAGGCAAGAAGAAGCCGAGGAGGGGUGGCGAGCUGCCGCCUCCACUGCCCUCCUCCUCCACCGCCGCCCACCCGUCUUUCGGCUCCGGCGCUGCCUCCAGCCGUCAGAGGGCCAGGAAACCCGCCGCAGCGAAGAGACCCAAGAGGAGGGUGGUCCCCAGGAAGACUGGGCGGAGGCCUGGCGCAGCCAGCAGGCGAGGGCCGAAGGGCCGCCGCACCGCAAGGAGACCCAAGGCCGGGAGAAAGGCGGCUGCUAGGGCCGGCCCUCGGAAAGCCAGGCGUCGGCCGGCCAAGCCCAAGAAAGUGGCCAAGGCCCCGGAGGAACUGAGUAAACGUCCGUCUCAGGAAGAAGUCUCCACCUCGGAGAAGGCGAACCAGUCUGUUUCGGAUACUCAGAUCAGCAGCAGCUGA